AUGUCCUUUCUCAAGAAGGCGCAACAACACGUUGCACACACUUCAAAACUGCCAGCGCUCGGCAACCAGGACCUGAGGCAGCUCCAAGAUGUAAUCACCUCGGAAAAGAGCUUCAUUCAAUCCAACACCAAAGCUGCUACCGACUUUAAGAAGAACGCAGAGUCCAUCAAGGCAUGGUCUUCCGAACAAGGUCCUGAUCUCAACGAUGUCGUCGGUAAAGUCUCGUUGCUGUACGACCACUAUGCUGCAUCGCAGAAUCGUCUCAACUCGCAUCUUUCCACCGUCCGACUUCACUUCAAAUCCAUCCGUACACGCGAAGAGUCGCUCUCCCAGCUCAAGGGACGCAAACGCUCUCUCGGCUCCGACAUCGACAAGGUCGAAAAGAAGCUCGCCAAGAUGGGUCCCGAGAACAAGGAGCUCAUGAAGGUCACAGCUCAGCUCAAGGAGAUGCGAGCAGAGAUGGAGACUCUUCACAUCGAAGUCAUCAAUGAGGAGGCUGCCAUUGCUGAUUUCAAGAGACGCACUGUCAAGGAGGCACUCGGCAUCAAGUCAGGCGCUUUGCUCGAGAUGGCCGAAAAGCUCACGAUUGUUGCCGAGAUCUCCAAGCUUAUGCUGGAAGAGAUCCCUCUCCAACCCACGCAACCCGGAAUGCCUCGAGCUGAAUACUACGGUUUCGCCAAGACAGAAUCGCUCCUCCAGGAAGCGACUCGAUGCAUUGCCGACGUCGGCUUCUCUCCCACUGGUCCUUCCUCCGGUAUCCCAAGGUUCGGCGAUUUGACCCUCGCUGACACCACUGCAAACAGUUCUCGCGACGUCAGACAUUCGUACGCCAACCCUGACGGCGAAGCUUACCACGACAUGCCUUCGCACGGCUCCGGCGGAGAUGCCAAUGCAGACACCGGAUACAAUCCUUCCAACCGCGCUCUUACCGGUGACAAUGUUGCCCGCACUCCUAUCUACGCUGCACACGCCUCGCGCUCCGAAUGGACUCACGAAGCCAAUGCCGACCAGGCUGGAGGUAUCUCCGACCCUGCAACCAACGAAUGGGCUCGUUCCAGUUUCGAUCGUGGUGUUGGCGGUGCUAAUGACACUUCCACUGCCUCAGCAGCUGCAGCUGCCGCCAUGGCUGCCACUGCAGGUGCCGACUUGAACGCUGUUCCUGGUCACGCUGAUCCCAACCAGCCUGACGGUGGCUUUUUGAUGCAGAACAGCCAAUCUUACAACGGUUCAGCAGGUCCUCACGCCCAACAGUACGGCUCUAACAGGAACAGCGCCGAUUUCCAGAGCGCUCAGGGCGGACACGGUACUGAAGCGGCACCGACCGGUCUGGCUGCUCGCGGAACCUCUACUGAAGGCCACCACUCAGAUGCUUACGAUGCUUACUCAGCUUCGCAAGCUCCGCAAGCUCCGCAAGCUCCGCAUGAGGCUUCAUCUGCGUCGAACCCAACAGGCAUGCUUGGUGCUCCCACUUUGCCGCCCCUCCGUACCGCCACGCCGUUGAACGGCUCGACUGCGGCAGCAAUGCCACAAGCAUCUGCCGCCUCUCCCACCAACUACGCUGCAACUGACGACUCGGCCUAUUUCCAGUCGAUUGGAUCCACGCGUGCUAUGCAGGAAGCUGUUCGACGACCCACUUCACCUCAGGCCAACCCUAACCGUGCUUCCUCCUAUGGCGCACUCGGAGCCGCUCUCUCGCCCCAAAACACUGGCGCAGGGGUCGAAGGGAAGAAAGUCACAGCAGCAGCCUUCCGUCGUGGUUUCUCACGCAAUGCAUCCGCCCAAGCAAACAUGAACACUCCAGCAACUUACGACGAUGCAGGCUACGGAGGAAACGCGCUGCCAAUGCCACCUAACCUUCACGCUAGCCUUACAACUCCCACGCCUCCAGGUGCUUACAACGGUACGCCACCCAACGAGAACGAGGGAGUUCAACCGUUGCACAUUCAGAAGCGAAACUCGAACUCGCAUACCAACCCACUCGGCGUAGCUGCUGCUGCAGGUACACCAGGUAACAUGAUGGGUAGGAGAUACAGUAACGAUUUGAAUGUUAGUGCAAGUGAACACCCGCUUCCUCCCUACCUACCUGAUCAGCAUCAGCACGGGUUAACUGUGACGAAUAGUAUUGAUUACACUCAUCAACAACAACCUUUUGCGUCAAAUGCACACGCUGAUCCUCAGGCGCAGAGACAUAUCACCAGUCAGUAUGCUGAAUAUGCUGCUCCUCCACCGCCUGGCUAUGGAUACGCUUAG